AUGGAUGAACAAGUCAGGCAGCGAGCGGUCGCCAGGGAUGCGAGGGAACCACUUGAUGGCCAGCCUCGGCCGCCCAGGGGUGCCAACGCCGCUCGCACGCCGCCCAGGGCAGGACGCCCUCCCGCCAGCGCCCUCUCCGGCAGCACGCCUCUCUCCGCCAGGCUCGGAGCGCCCUCCCGCCAGCGCCUCUCCGCAGCGCCUCUCCGCCAGACGACCUCCCGAGCGCCCUUCCGCCAGCGCCUCUCCGCCAGCGCCCUCCGCCAGCGCCCUCUCCGCAGCGCCCUCUCGCCAGCGCCCUCCCGCCAGCGCCUCUCCGCCACGCCCUCCCGCACGCCCUCGGGCAGCGCCGCUCCGCAGCGCCUCCGCACGCCUCCCGCAGCCUCUCCCACGCCCUCCCGCCAGCUCCCUCUCCCAGCCCCUCUCCGCCAGGCCCACGCCAGCGCCCUCCCGCCAGCGCCCUCUCCGCCAGCGCCCUCCCCGCCCCCAGCGCCCUCCCGCCAGCGCCCUCCCGCCACGCCCUCCCGCCAGCGCCCUCUCCGCCAGCGCCCUCCCGCCAGCGCCCUCUCCGCCAGCGCCCUCUCCGCCAGCGCCCUCUCCGCCACGCCCUCCCGCCGCCCCUGGUCCACGCCCGCACCUCGCCGCGGCCAAGGGAGCGAGGGCGAGAAACAGGUUCAACCUUGCGCCACUUUAGGGUUCAACCUUGCGCCACCUGAGGGUUCAACUUUGAGCCACCUGAGGGUUCAACCAGGCGCCACCUUAGGGUUCAACCAGGCGCCACCUGAGGGUUCAAUCAGGCGCCACUUUAGGGUUCAACCAGGCGCCACUUUAGGGUUCUACCAGGCGCCACUUUAG